AUGGCUGCCUUCUCCUCAGCAUCCCGCCUUCUCCUCCAGCUGCUCCUACUUGCAGUGCUGCCUAGCCCUACCAGCAUAUUCGCUUCCAAACCUCUUGGCUUCUCCAUAGACCUCAUUCAUCGAGACUCAUCACUCUCUCCUCUCUAUGACCUUUCAUUCACUCUAGCCCAACGAGCCAAACAGUUCGCUUUGCGCUCCAUGUUGCACUGCCGCCGCAUCGCUUCACUAUUUGCCAAAACCACCAGCAUGAUCUCCAGCCCUGUGAUGCGUGGCUCCGGCGAGUAUCUCAUGAAACUCUCACUUGGUACACCAUCCCGCCUCUACGGGGCCACCCUCGACACUGGUAGCGACCUCAUAUGGACGACAUGCCGCCCCUGUGACUCCUGCUCCAGCCAAACAACACCAAUGUUUGAUCCACGUCAGUCGUCCACCUACAAGAACCAAAGAUGCUCCACCCGCUUUUGCAUGGAAUUGCAGAACCAUCGUUGCACCAGCGACCCACUUUGCUGGUUCAGAUAUUCCUAUGGAGACAAUUCCAAAGCAGAAGGGGUCCUAGCCUCCGAGACGCUCCUGUUUGACAAUGAUAAUCCUGAGUCUGCCCUGCGUAAAGUUCCUGGCCUUGUUGUUGGCCUUGGCCGUGGUCCUCUCUCUCUUGUUAAACAGAUUGGCUCUUCCAUUGAUGACAAAUUUGCUUACUGUCUUCCUAUCACCUGCUUAGCCAUUAAAGAUGGAGAGAUGCCCAUCUUUGGGAAUAUUGCGCAGCAAAACAUGCAUGUCAAGUAUGAUCUGGGCAACAGACUGCUUUCUUUUGCACCAACUGAA